ACUGCUCCUCCCAUUACUCUGUUCAUCCUCACUUUCACCACCCAUAUUCUUGUGGGGAAGUCACAAUUUCAAUCUCUCCUCCACACACAACUCUCUUGCUUCUUAGCUCGCUCUCUUUUCAUCUCUCAGUUGCUCCCUCAUUUCCUGCUGUGUUCAGUUAUCCCAUCCUGUGAGUUAUCUCACUCCCACUCCCUUCCUUCAUCUGCAAAGCGAGCUCUGCACGGAAAUGGGUUCCAAAAAGAAAAUGGGAUACAAGUGUCGCAUAGCAGGAGUGAUGCUUCUAUUGAUUGGAAGUAUUGCUGCCCUUGUUGUUGUUGCUGUCAUCCAGGACAAGUUAAAGGUUAAGGAGUAUGGAUUAGAGUUUGGCAUUGUGAUAGACUCCGGUUCCUCUCGCUCCAAUGUGUACCUGUACGAAUGGCCUGGGGAGAAGGAGAACGAGACCGGGGUAGUGACUGAAAGAAAGAACUGUAAAGUUAAUGGGCUUCCUAUCUCAGAACUCGAGGUUAGUUCCAAGGAUAAUAAAAAAACAUUUGAAGGAUUUCAAGACUGCAUGGAUGAAAUCAAGAAUCACAUUCCUGAAGAAAAGCACAAAACCACACCCCUCUUUCUGGGAGCUACAGCUGGGAUGCGCCUGCUAGAAAUGAAAGAUCAAGAAAGAGCCAAUAAAAUUAUGGGAAAACUCAGAGACUUCCUGAGUAAACAAAACUUCCAGUUCCACAAUGCUUCCAUCAUCACUGGACAGGAAGAGGGACUGUAUGGGUGGAUCACAGUGAAUUACUUGAAGGAAAAUUUCCUACAGAAAAACAUGUGGAACACUUACAUCCGUCCAAAUGGAGCAGAGACAGUCGGGUCUAUGGAUCUCGGUGGAGCAUCGACACAGAUCGCCUUCCAAGUUCAGGAACGUGGAGAAGGGCCUGACUACAUGCGUGUCAAGCUGUAUGGUUACCCCUAUACUGUCUACACACACAGUUUCCUUUGCUAUGGCAAAAAUGAGGCUGACAAGAGGGUUCUGGACAAAGUAAUCAGGGAAUCAUCUGACCCAGCCUACAUAAUAAAUCCCUGCUACCCCAGAGGUUUCAACAUUACCACAAAAGCUUCAUCCAUUUAUGACACAGAGUGCAUACCGAAACCCAAAAACUACAACUCUGGUCAAGAGUUCUACAUGGUUGGGGGGGCCGACUCGGAAAAAUGCGGGCAAAUAGUGAAGUCCAUAUUUAACUUUCAAAACUGUCUCUCAAAGCAGUGCUCCUUCAAUGGGGUGGAGCAGCCACCAGUGACUGGAGAUUUUAUGGCAUAUGCUGGAUUCUACUUCAUUGCUCGAGCGCUGGAGCAGAGUGGGAAAUCCGACCUUGGUCAGUUCAACAUUGAUGUUGGGAACUUCUGCAACACUGACUGGGCCAAGCUAAAAGUACAAAAGCACUGGAUCUCUGACACAUACCUCAAGACUUACUGCUUUGCCAGUCACUAUGUCCUCACUCUUCUGGCAGAUGGCUAUAAGUUUGACAAUGAGACUUGGAAAAAUAUCCACUUUGAACAAAAGAUAAAGGAAACAAACAUAGGCUGGAGUUUGGGCUACAUGCUGAGCAUGUCCAACAUGAUCCCGUCUGAAGUGAAAGAAAUCACUCCAAUGACAAACCCGGUCUUCGCUGGUCUCAUCUUUCUAUUUUCAGCUCUAAUCAUUGUAACAGCGGUCUUAGGAUUUAUCAUCCUCAUUCGUACUUGCUAUUGAUAGGUGAUGAAAGGAAAUUAAGGAAAGCAUAGGGAAUUAUUUUGUUCUUUGCUGGAAUGUGCUGCAGUAGCAUGUGAUCAGGCAUGUCUGUUGAAUGUUUCUAAACAAAGUGAUGUGUUUUUUUUCAGCUCAUACCUCUGAGGCAGGAUUUACAUAGAAAAUGUCUUUGCACUUAAGUUUAUGGUUAAACUGUUUUUUUUUAUUUCCAAUACAACCAGUGCUUGUAAAAGAUAAAUCACCCCCAAUGGAAAUGAGCAAGAUUGUGAAUCUCACUGGAUCGCUUUUGUUUCUCUGAUAUGUAUCCGGAUGUGCUUCUUUGGUUAUUUUAACUCACAGAAGCGCAGAGAUUUAAAAAUCCUUUCCCAGCAGAUUUUUUUCACAAAACUAAUAUAAAUGAACAAGAAUUAAAUGAACAUGUCAAAAUGUCCUUUUCCAUACAUUCUUAUGGAAAAGGACAUUGCAGGAGGACAACACAUAUUUUGCUUGCACAGGUUGAUUUUUUUGGUCAAUAAUCCACAGAAAAAAUGUGUUUUGUUUUUUGUUGUUGUUGGAAAUAUCCAAAAUGUUGUGCUGAUGGGAACAUCGAGGAAACCAAUCAAUAUUUGUCACAUUUCCUCAUGAUGAGGUAAUGCACCUCCACUUCCGGUGUCAGUUUUUAGGUCAAAGAUUCAUCACACAUCUAAGUAAGCAGACAUAAACAGUCCAUCCUUUUUUAUUUGAAUAAAAAUGAAGAAGAAAGGGAUGAAGGGGUGAGCUGCCUCUGAGCUGCACUAUCAGGGAACAGCAGUGCUCCUACCUGGCUUGAUAAUGACACAUCUUUAAUGCUUAUUGUAAUAAAUAAUCAAUUGUAACACAAAAGUCAACUUUCAUCCAUUAUAUUACUGAAAAACACUUAAAUGUUGUCAUGUAUUAUAUUCCAAAUUCAUUCAAGUAAUGGUUACGCAAUGUACCUGAUUAAAAAUAACUGUAGUUCUUAAUGUCUGUUCUUCAAGGUGUUUCACUUUUCAUUCCAGAGUUAUAGUUCAAACUGGACAUUUAUAACUCUAAAAGUAGAAACAGGAACAAUAAAUUCAUGUAAAAUGCCCCGCUUAUUUUUUUUUCUAUAGGUUUUUCAUAUAUAAGAGGCACAUUUCAGGAAACUAACCAAUUUAUUCCAAUUUUGUAUUGUUUUUCCAAUAACUUUAUCUCACUGUAAGGGAACAUAGAAAGUGUUAAUUUUCAGUUAUAUGUGUUCAGAUGUCAAUGUUUUCAGCUAUAUGCAUAUGUUUUAUUAAAUGAGAAAUACAUUUUUGAACAUUUAUUUGAAACAGUAAACCAUGGGAUUUUUUUGUGAAUGCAAUUGCAGUUACAGUGAAGUUUGGUUGAAUACAGCACACUCUACUGGAUAAUAUUUUAGGACAAUUUUGACUGUACUUGAAAAACCGAUGCAUGUUUUUCAUUUUAUUGUACUUUCCUUUCUGUUUUAAUGCUUUGAUAACUAACUGUAUACUAAACAUGUUCUUUGACUGCA